GAGAGAGAGAGAGAGAGAGAGGUUAUGUGGCCGCCUGUUACAGAAAAAUGAUCAAUCCCUGAACGAGGCGGGAGGGUCACUUGAUACCGUCUCCUUCUCAGCGGCUGACGGGGAGAUGCUCACUGCUGUCCUGAUGACUUUACAGGCAGCGCGUAGAAUAAACUGACCGGCAGUUCAGUUUAUCUCGCUGUAUUUUGGCGUCCGCACGCAUUCACCUGACUGACUGAUUGACUGACUUGACACGCGCGGGACGUUUUCUACAAAAGUCCCAGCAAAAUAACCGGAUCCGCACAACCUCAUGAAUGAGUCUCCUCUUAUUUCAAGAAUGAUGUGAAGACCACUUACGAAGGACAAGACCGCACUUCAGCUCAUCUCUGUCAGCAGAAUCCUGCUCCUUGCUGAUACACAAUCCCGGGUGUUUUGUCCAAGCUCUAUAGUUUUUGGAGCCCUGCAGGAAUGGGAACGAGCUUGGAUAAAGGAUGGACUUACUGCGGCCUCACUAAAGGUCAUGGUCCUCUUAAGGUCAUGUCAUGGCCCCUGGCACUGUGGCUAUUGACUCUAAUCUCUGUGAAUCAAAAGACAUCUGCUGGACAGACUCUGAACACCUUCCAGUCAGAGAGGAGGGAGUGGUCACUGAACCACCUGACUGUGCAUCAGUCCACUGGGGCUCUGUAUGUCGGAGCUGUCAACCGAAUCUACAAGUUGUCUGCCAAUCUCACCCUCCUGGUGUCCCAUGACACAGGGCCAGAGUAUGACAACAAAGCAUGUUAUCCUCCACUGAUUGUCCAGCCCUGCUCUGAGCCUUUGGCUUCUACUGACAAUGUUAAUAAACUGUUGCUCAUCGACUAUUCUCACAACAGGCUGUUGGCCUGUGGCAGCCUCUACCAGGGUGUCUGCAAGCUAAUGAGGCUGGACGACUUGUUCAUCCUUGUGGAGCCCACACAUAAGAAAGAGCAUUACCUGUCCAGUGACAACCAGACAGGGACAAUGUAUGGAGUCGUUGUGCCCUCGCAGGGUCAGGAUGCCACUCUCUACAUUGGUACAGCAGUUGGAGGCAAGCAGGACUACUUCCCAACUAUCUCUAGCCGCAAGCUGCCACGUGACCCAGAAUCCUCCGCAAUGCUGGAUUAUGAGCUUCACACUGACUUUGUUUCAUCUCUCAUCAAAAUCCCCUCAGACACACUGGCUCUUGUCCCACACUUUGACAUCUACUACAUCUAUGGCUUCGCUAGCGGCAGCUUCGUCUAUUUCAUGACCGUCCAGCCGGAGACUCCAGAGAACGGGAUGCCCGCCGGCGGCUCCCCUGGUGACCUGUUUUACACCUCCCGCAUCAUCCGCCUCUGCAAAGGUGACAAAAAGUUCCACUCUUAUGUGUCACUUCCUGUGGGGUGCGUACACAGAGGCGAGGAGUACCGUCUGCUGCAGGCGGCCUACCUGGCCAAGGCUGGCAGGGUUCUGGCAAGGUCGCUCAACAUCAGCUCUCAGGAGGACGUGCUCUUUGCUGUGUUCUCCAAGGGACAGAAGCAGUACCACGACCCUCUGGAUCACUCCGCUCUCUGCGUCUUCACCAUCCAAGACAUCAACACACGCAUCAAAGAGCGGCUGCAAUCCUGCUACCAAGGAGAGGGGAACCUGGAGCUGCACUGGCUGCUGGGAAAGGACGUGCAGUGCACCAAAGCGCCCGUUCCCAUCGAUGACCACUUCUGCGGCCUGGAUAUAAAUCAACCCCUGGGGGGUUCUCAGCUGGUGUCGGGUCGGACAGUGUUCACUGAGAGUAGGGACAGGCUGACCUCUGUCACCUCCUACAUCUACAAUGGACACAGUGUGGUGUUCCUGGGCACCAGAAGUGGACAAUUGAAGAAGAUCAGGGUGGACGGCCCUCUGGAGGGAGGAGUGCUGUACGAGACAGUGACUGUGAUGAAGGAUAGCAGCGCCAUCCUCCGGGACAUGGCCUUCUCCCUGGACAGGAACUCUCUUUAUGUCAUGUCUGACCAUCAGGUGGCUCAGGUCCCAGUGGAGGCCUGUGGGCAGUACGGUACAUGUGCUGAGUGCCUGAGCUCUGGUGACCCCCACUGUGGCUGGUGUGUCCUGUAUAACAUGUGCUCGAGGAAGGAUCGGUGUCAGAGGGCAGAAGAAACCUUCCGUUUCGCCACUGACAUUGACCGCUGUGUGAAAGUCAUCGCUCAUCCAGACAGCAUUGCUGUAUCAGCACAUGGUGUCCCUCUUCUGCUGGAGGUAAAUAAUGUUCCAGACCUUUCUGCUGGAAUCACCUGUUCAUUUGGCCAGCAAGCCGAAGUGGAGGGUCACGUCAAAGGCAACAGGGUCAUGUGUCUGUCCCCGGCUGGGAAGGAGGUCCCUCAGAUACCAGAGGGACAAGACUGGGCUGGUGUUGAGCUUCGUCUAAACUCAAAGGAGACAGGUCAAAUGGUCGCCAGCACAGAGGUGAAGUUCUACAACUGCAGCACACAUCAAACGUGUCUGUCCUGUGUAAACAGCACUUUUCGCUGCCACUGGUGUAAAUACCGCAACCUGUGCACCCACGACCCAAGCAGCUGUUCUUUCCAGGAGGGCAGAGUCAACGCCUCUGAGGAUUGCCCUCAGCUCCUUCACUCUGGGGAAAUCCUCAUUCCGGCCGGUGAGGUCCGACCCAUCACCCUGAGGGCCCGAAACCUUCCCCAGCCACAGUCGGGCCAGCGGGGCUACGAGUGCGUGGUGCACGUGCAGGGUGUCAGCCACCGUGUCACGGCGCUGCGCUUCAACAGCACCAGCGUGCAGUGCCAGAACAGCUCGUACAUGUACGAGGGUGUGAAGAUCAGUGACCUGGCAGUGGACCUCUCCAUCGUAUGGAACGGCAAUUUCAUCAUCGACAAUCCCGAGAAGAUUAAAGUGCACCUCUACAAGUGCAGCGCUCAGCGGGACAGCUGUGGCAUGUGCCUGCGGGCGGAGAGGAAGUUCCAGUGUGGCUGGUGUAGCGGCGAAGGCCGAUGCACCAUGAAGCAGCACUGUCCUCCCAUCUCCCCUUAUGCGAGCCGCUGGCUGGACCUCUCUGCCAGGAAUGUCAAGUGCACCAACCCACGCAUUACUGAGGUGAGCCCAGUGGCAGGGCCUCUGGAGGGGGGCACACUGGUCACCAUCCAGGGCCUGAACCUGGGUCUGUCCUUCUCUGAGCUGGAGGGUAACGUGGAGGUGGCAGGAGUGCAGUGCACCCCACAGGAGGAGGGAUAUAUCACUGCAGAACAGAUUGUAUGUGAGAUGGCCGCAGCUCCUAAAGGAAGUGCACCAGGUCCAGUCAAGCUCUGUGUUGGCGAAUGUAGACCAGAACUACGUGCACAGUCCUCCCAGUUCUACUCUUUUGUGGUCCCUUCAAUGCUGGCUCUGACCCCAGGCAGAGGGCCUGAAUCUGGGGGCACCAAAGUCACUAUUGUUGGGGAGAAUCUGGGCGCUGGCAGCACUGUUAAUGUUUACUUUGGUAAUCAGACCUGCGAGCUAUACAGGAGGACCAUGUCGGAGAUUGUGUGCUUCUCUGCACCAUCAGUAACAGGAGCGGGGCCAGUGCAGGUCAGUUUGAGUGUUGACCGAGCCAAAGUUCCUGGGAGUCUGGCCUUUGAGUACAUCGAAGACCCCACAGUCCAGCGCAUUGAACCCCUAUGGAGCAUUACCAGUGGACACACCACCCUGACAGUGACUGGGACCAACCUGGAUGUAGUUCAGGAGCCGCGAGUCAGAGUCAAAUAUGCCGGCCAUGAAUCUGUCAAUGUGUGCAAAGUGCUGAACACAACCACCAUCAGCUGCUUUGCUCCCUCUCUGAAGGCAGAGUACUCCGCAGACCAGGAGACCAUCAAACACGUGGACGAGUUUGGCUUCGUCUUCAACAACGUCCAAGCUCUGCUCACUUACAACAACACGAGCUUCGUCUACUACCCCAACCCUUACCUGGAGCCCCUCAGCCUAUCAGGUGUUCUGGAGCAGAAACCUGGAGCUCCCAUCAUACUCAAAGGACGUAACCUGGUGCCAUCUGCAUCUGGUGGAGCCAGGCUGAAUUACACAGUGCUGAUUGGAGAUACGCCCUGCUCUCUCACUGUGUCUGACACUCAGUUACUCUGUGAACCACCAAACCUCACCGGGCAGCACAAAGUCCUGGUCCAAGUGGGAGGACUCCACAUCUCCCCAGGAGAAGUUCAUAUUCGGUCCGACAGCCUGCUCACCCUUCCUGCCAUCUUCAGCAUCACAGCUGGAGGAGGGCUGCUCCUCAUCAUUGUCAUUAUAGUCCUACUGGCCUACAGACGAAAGUCACACGAGAAUGACCUCACUUUGAAGCGCCUGCAGAUGCAGAUGGACAAUCUAGAGUCCCGAGUGGCUCUGGAGUGCAAGGAGGCCUUUGCAGAACUACAGACAGACAUCAACGAGUUAACCAGUGAUCUGGACAGAGCUGGCAUCCCCUACCUGGACUAUCGCACUUACGCCAUGAGGGUUCUCUUCCCGGGCAUCGAUGAUCACCCUGUGCUCAGAGAACUGGAGGUGCCGGGGAGCGGACAGGCGAAUGUGGAGAAAGCCUUGAAGCAGUUUGCUCAGCUGGUGAAUAAUAAGGUUUUCCUGCUGACAUUCAUCCGUACGCUGGAGCUGCAGCGCUCCUUCUCCAUGCGCGACCGCGGCUACGUCGCCUCGCUCAUCAUGACCGCUCUGCAGGGACGGCUGGAGUACGCCACGGACAUCCUCAAACACCUGCUCUCGGACCUUAUUGAGCGCAACCUGGAGAGCAAGAACCACCCCAAACUACUACUACGAAGAACAGAGUCGGUGGCAGAGAAGAUGCUGACAAAUUGGUUUGCCUUCUUGCUCCACAAAUUUCUCAAGGAGUGUGCUGGCGAGCCUCUCUUCAUGCUGUUCUGUGCCAUCAAACAGCAAAUGGAGAAGGGACCCAUAGACUCCAUCACUGGAGAGGCACGCUAUUCCCUCAGUGAGGACAAGCUCAUCCGACAGCAGAUUGAAUACAAGACGCUGACGCUGAGCUGUGUGAACCCAGACAAUGAGAACAGCCCCGAAAUCCCUGUCAAGGUGCUCAACUGUGACACCAUUACCCAGGUAAAGGAGAAGAUUCUGGAUGCGGUGUACAAGAACAUGCCCUACUCACAGCGACCACGAGCUGCAGACAUGGAUCUAGAGUGGAGGCAGGGCAGAACAGCUCGUGUGGUCCUCCAGGAUGAGGACAUCACCACCAAGAUAGAGAGCGACUGGAAGAGACUCAACACACUCAUACACUACCAGGUGUCUGAGCGCUGUGUUGUGGCCUUGGUGUCCAAACAGAUGUCGUCUUUCAACAUUCCUUCCUCAGCCAGCUUCCCACGCAGUAUCAGCAGAUACGGUGUGGACGUACCCUUCCGCUCCACCCCCACCAGCCCCGACAGCCCCCACUCCCGUGUGCCCAUGCUGACACCUGACCUGGAAAGUGGGGUCAAAGUUUGGCACUUAGUCAAGAACCACGACCAUGGAGACCAGAAAGAGGGAGAGCGUGGCAGCAAGAUGGUGUCUGAGAUCUACCUGACGAGGCUACUAGCAACAAAGGGCACGCUGCAGAAGUUUGUGGAUGACCUGUUUGAGACUCUGUUCAGCACAGUGUGUCGGGGCACUGCCCUGCCUCUUGCAAUCAAAUACAUGUUUGACUUUCUGGAUGAGCAGGCUGACAGACACGGCAUCCAUGACAUGGAUGUUCGCCACACGUGGAAGAGCAACUGCCUGCCACUGCGUUUCUGGGUAAAUGUGAUCAAGAACCCCCAGUUUGUGUUUGACAUCCAUAAAAGCAGCAUCACCGACGCCUGUCUUUCUGUGGUGGCCCAAACCUUUAUGGACUCUUGCUCAACAUCUGAACACCGUCUGGGCAAAGACUCUCCCUCCACCAAACUACUCUAUGCUAAGGACAUACCACAUUACAAAAGCUGGGUAGAAAGGUACUACGCUGACAUCAAUCGCCUGCCUGCCAUCAGUGAUCAGGAUAUGAAUGCCUAUCUGGCUGAGCAGGCUCGCCUUCACUCCAGUGAGUUCAACGUGCUUAGUGCCCUCCAUGAGAUCUAUGCUUACGUCAGCAAGUACAGCCAAGAGAUCAUUGAGGCACUGGAGCAGGAUGAACAGGCCCAGAAGCAAAAGUUGGCGUAUAAAGUGGAGCAGAUCAUCUCAGUCAUGUCUACCGAGAGCUGAGACACACACACACCUACAUACACACUCACAUACAGUAUGUAUACAUAUACACAUACACAGAGACACACUGUAACAACAGAGUUAUAAACCCAUCAGCAAAACAUGUGGUGCUCACAUGUACAUGCACAUUAUGUGCACAUAUACAUAAACUCACAUUCUAACGUAUGCAGAAACACUGCAGAUUUUAUGGACCUACUGUAUAAACAAACAAUACAUACGCAAAGAGAUAUAUACACAUGCAAACACACACACAUACAACAUGUACAUACACAAACCACAGCACACAUCAAACAGCAGAUUGUCCCAAAGCACGACUUUUAAAUCCAGUGUCAUCGUUUUUUCAGAAGAAACUCCAACAGGCAAACAUCCAAUUUCUUAAACACUCCUAUAGAGAGACAGACAGAAAGAGGAUUUGAGGCCAUCACGGUUGCUGAAUUUUGCUGCCAAUUCUUUUCCGCCAGGUAAUGGUUUGUCUUUGUAGCUGGUGCUUAAUACUAAAUGUCAUAAAACAGCACUUAAUAAAGAAUGACUCAACUUGAAAAGUCACUGGAGGAGCUCAACAAAGACAGAAAUUCAUUGGGACGGCACAUGUGGAGAGACAGGACACAAAGUACUUUUUAUAUCUCAAAGAUGAAGGACACUUAUUCACACUACAUAUCACAGGCUUGGUGUGACAUUGCCAUUUUGGAGCCAUUGGGAGCAGAAAUGUGUAACUUUGUUUUGUUAAGCCUUUUCCAAUUGCCUUUUAAAGGCUUAAAAAAAUCUGAACACAAAAGUCUUGUCAUUUUCCCACAUGAAGUUUUUGUUUGUUUGUUUGUUUAAUGAAGGUUUUCUGAAUUACAGCUCUGCUAGGGAUAGAACAGUUACACAAAAUGUAUCAUUAACAAUGAACAAGGUGAGGGUCCUGCUUUAAUAAUCCAACGCCAAGAGGGCAUUAACUUCAAAUCUGAAAUAUAUGUAGAUAUAUUUCCAGACUCAGUCCCUGGCUUUUUGUGCCAAAUAUAUUGUCUCAUGUUUCAUUCAUGUUAAAUGCUCCUGUAGAAGCUAUUAAUAGUACAUGUCAUUGCACAGAAAAGAUCCCAUUUAAGAUAGGAAAUUUUGUACAGUGAUGAUCUAUAGACCACUAAUUCAGCCAUUCAAAGAUAAGUGGAGACCAAAUUGAACUGUAGCAGAAGGCAUGAUUAAUGAUGUUAUAAGCCUGAUCAAGAAUCAGAUUAGCCUAACCCCGGCCAACGGUGCCGCUCCCUCCACCCCUCCCCGUUUCAUCAGUCAUUGUUUACAUUGAGCAUGAUACUUGAAAUGCACCAAGUGUACAAGAUAUUAAGAACACCUGCCACUCCUGAGGAGUAAUCUGGUCAGAUUAAGUGAGAUGAAGGCUUUGAUGCCUUAUUGAUUUUCCCCAAUAAAUCCACUUUGUACGUAACCUGGAAAUAAAACACAGGGAAAAAAAAAGCUGAAAACAGAUUUCUAAGGCCAGAGAUCUUGAGACAAGAGAAGUACUGCAGUUUAAUGUAAAGCAGGCGUUCCUUAUAUCCUGUACACAGAGUGGAUAUAUGAUUAUUGAUAUAUGUGUUGAUCAGCAAUUAGUCCUUGUAAAGUACAUUCAUUAAACAUCUUCUGCUUCACAGUGCUAUCUUCGCUUUACAUCCUACUACUAUUUCCAUGUUCCAGCAUAUAAUUCACAAGUUUUCAUUUCACGUUCAGUGUAAAUUUUACCUGACUGCCUGCUGUCUCCUUGCUGCUGUAUUUAUAGAGUGCCAUAUCUAAAACUUUUAAAUAAUUAUCAUGACGAAAUAUUCAGUCUGAGGCAUUGCGCUAAUUCAGGGUUUUAGUUUUGAUUGUUUCACCCAUUACAAUGAUGAAAGAUGAACGUCUUUCUGUGCUUGAGGCUGUUUUCAUUGUUCCAUAAGAAGUCACUGCGACCGUCUAUCAACUUCAUUCUGGAGAACUACUCCGCUUACCAUUUCAGUAUCAGUGGGGUUAAUGUAAUUUCCCCACAGGACCUUGAUUCAUGUUAAUCUAGAAGAACAAGAUAAAAUAAGAUAGAUAAUAAAUACAUUUCCUGUUAAGUGUUGAAAUAUGACAGAGAACUCAUCUGUUUCAUGUGUGGUUUGAUGAUGAUAAUUUAUAAAUGUGUUGUGCAAUAAACUGUCAGACGUUUAAACUGUAAUGUUUUUUAAACUAUAUUAUUGUAUAAAUACUGUACAUAAAAAAACACUCCUAUUUUGCAAGCAAAAGAUUCACUUUGUACUGUUGUUAUACAUUAAAUGCGCAGCUGAUGAAAAUU